UCUAUGGCGUCUCUUUUAUUUUCCUUCUAAUGUGUCUGUGUCUGUCUAUUUUUCUCUUGCCUUCUAUUCAUUUUCUCGAGUAAAUAAUCCGUUGUAUUUGGUUGGAAAAUCUCACAUAAACACAGAUCUGAAUCUGAGAUUUGGAAAGAAAUUAAAACGAAAGUUAGAAAUUGAAUUUCUUUUCAUUUUUGUUGACAUUCAUAUAAUUUUAUUUUUGUGUUAAUAUUUAGAUCGUAGUCAAAGAAAGACAGACGAUUAAUUAAUAUUGUUCAGAUCUAUUGAAGAGUUCUUCUGAACGAUCGGUUGAAUAUUUGUAUAUAUGUUUGUGGUUGUCUGGUUGGAUAAUUUAAAAAGAAAAAGGAAAAAUCAGGCUGAGGGAUGGGAUUAGAGGAAGGUGAAAUUUCUGAUACGGCGUCGGUUGAAGAGAUCAGUGAAGAGGUUUUUAAUAAUAAUCAGGAAGUUGUUGUUGUGAAAGAAUCGAAGCCUAAAGGUGAGUCUGCUAGGGUUUGGACGAUGCAAGAUCUAUACAAUAAAUAUCCGACGAUUUGUCGAGGAUAUGCGUCGGCUGGUUUGUAUAAUCUUGCGUGGGCCCAGGCGGUUCAGAAUAGACCGCUGAAUGAUAUAUUUGUUAUGGAUGUUGAACAAGAUGAGGUGUCGAAAAGAUUGUCGCCGUCGUCGUCGGUGGCGUCUGUUAAUAGUAAAGAAGUAGUGAAGAAGGAAGUGGAUAAAGUUGUGAUUGAUGAUAGCGGGGAUGAGAAGGAGGAGGGUGAGUUGGAGGAAGGUGAGAUUGAUUUGGAUUCAGAACCGGUUGAGAAUGUUAUUGAAGAUAAGGAUUUAGUUAAUGGUGAUAGUUUAGAGAAAAGGGUAGAGUCUGUUAGAGGAGAUUUGGAGAGUGUUGCUAAUGUGAUUGAUGACAAAUCAUUUGAAGGAGUGUGUUCAAGACUUCAAAAUGCUUUGGAGAGCUUGGGUGAAGUGAUUGUCGACAAUAAUGUUCUUCCCAGAAGAGAUGCUCUCAUUCAACUAGCAUUUUCUGCUGUUCAAGCUGUUAAUUCUGUGUUCUGCUCAAUGAAUAUCGACUUAAAAGAACAGAACAAGGACAUUUUAUCAAGGUUACUUUCUCUUAUCAAGAGCCACUAUCCUCCUCUUUUCCUCCCUCACCAGAUGGAAGAGAUAGACGCUGUGGUAUCUUCUCUGGACUCCCGAAAUGUUUUGCUGGGUGGUAAAGCAAGCAAUAAUGAGAAAGAGAUGGUGGACAUAGAUGGUGUUAACAAAACGGAUUGUAAUGCAUUAGCUGAAAAUGAUGGCCAUGAUAUGACCCAUAAGAAGAAUUUGCUACCUGUUGAACCUUUGAUACAUAAUAAACUAUACGUGUCACUAGAAGCUUCAAAACCAGCUGUACCUGCUGUUAAGAGUAGAGUUCUGCUCCCACUGCUUGACCUACAUAAGGACCAUGAUGCUGACAGCCUCCCAUCUCCCACAAGGGAAACAACACCAUCUCUACCUGCUCGCAGAGCAUUGACUGUUGGAGAAGGUAUGGUUAAGUCAGGGUUGGCCGCAGCCAAUGCAGCUCAUGACUCAGAAGAUAUUAAAAUGUGUUAUUAUGAAACUGAUGUCGUCAAAGCUGUUUCCUCCUAUCAACAGAAAUUCAGUAAUAGUUCAUUCUUUUCCAAUGAUAGACUUCCAAGUCCAACCCCGUCAGAGGAGUCUGGUGAAGGGAAUGGUGAUACUGGUGGGGAGAUUUCUAGUUCCUCCGCGGUUGACAAAUUCAAAGUUGUAAAUCCACCUGUUUCAGGGCAAGAAGCUUUUUCUUCUUCACAACGCAUGGAAAAUUCCACCAUUCAAGGAUUGUCUUCUGCUAAAAGUGCUGCCUUCCUUAGCUCAGGGUCUAACCCUAUUGUGAAAGCAUCUGUUAAGAGUAGAGACCCCAGGCUUCGGUUUGCAAACCCUGAUGCAUUGGAUUUCAACCAACGUACUGUACCCAUGGCGCACAAUAAUCCUAAAGUGGAACCUGUUGGUGGAAUAACGAAUACAAGAAAGCAAAAGACCAUGGAAGAGGCUUCUUUUGGGGGUCCUGCAACUAAAAGGCAACGACACAGAACAGAAAAUUAUGGAGUUGGUGGGGAAGCAAAAACUGUGUAUGGAAACGCUGGCUGGUUGGAGGACACCAGUAUGGUUGGGCCUAAAAUUUCAAACAGAAAUCAGUUUGUAGAAUCUGCCGCCUCUGAUCCCAAGAAUGUAGCUGCUUGCCCUAGUGUUACUAUUGGUACACCGAAUGGGGUUGCUAGCAGAAAUGAGCCUGUGGCAGUGACUGCUCCCAGUACCACAGCCUCUUUGCCUGCUCUAUUGAAAGAUAUUGCAGGGAAUCCAACCAUGUUACUAAAUAUACUAAAGAUGGGACAACAACAGAAAUUAGUGGUAGAAGCCCAGCAGAAGUCGACUGAUCCUUUAAGAAGUAUGAUGCACCUGCAGAGUUUGAGUUCGAUUGUGGGAUCAGUUCCUUUGGAGAAUGUUUCCCAAUCAACUCCCUCAGGGGUUUUGCCAAAACCAACAGGAACAGUUCAGGUUCCUUCUCAAGCAGCAUCUUUGGAUGAUUUGGGAAAAGUCCGCAUGAAGCCUCGUGACCCUCGACGUGUUCUCCAUGGAAAUUCACUUCAGAGGAGUGGGAGCUUGGGACCUGAGCAGUUAAAAAUAGAUGGACCUUUAACUUCUAAUACCCUGGGGGACAAGGACAAUUUGAAUUUCCAAAGGCAACAGGGUCAAGCAGAAUCAAAACAAGUGCUAUCUCUAUCAGUUCCACCUCCAGAUAUUGCACAGCAAUUCACCAAGACUUUGAUAAAUCUUGCUGAUAUUAUGUCUGUGUCCCAAGCAUCAACAAAUCAACCAAUGGCUUCACAGAAUCUUCCGGGUCAAUCAUCGCAGGUGAAAUUGGACAGAACAGAUGUGAAAACUGUAACACCAAAUCAGGAUGACAAGCAAACUGGAACUGGUACGACUGCUGAUGGACCUGUAGGUCCUCCAUCGCAGAACCUUCCUACUGGUCCUGUACAGAACACAUGGGGAGAAGUUGCACAUCUUUUUGAAGGAUAUGAUGAACAGCAAAAGGCCGCCAUUCAAAGAGAGAGAACAAGGAGGAUAGAAGAACAGAAGAAGAUGUUUGCUGCACACAAGCUUUGUCUCGUCUUGGAUCUAGAUCAUACUCUUCUUAAUUCAGCUAAGUUCAACGAAGUAGACCCAGUGCAUGAUGAGAUAUUGAGAAAGAAAGAGGAGGAGGAUCGGGAAAAACCACAGAGACAUCUUUUCCGCUUUCCUCAUAUGUCAAUGUGGACCAAAUUGAGGCCUGGGAUCUGGAAAUUUUUGGAGAGAGCUAGUAAACUAUAUGAGCUGCAUCUUUAUACAAUGGGGAACAAGCUAUAUGCUACGGAGAUGGCAAAGGUGCUUGACCCUAAAGGGGUUCUGUUUGCUGGACGAGUCAUUUCUAGGGGUGAUGAUGGAGAUCCCUUUGACAGUGAUAAUGGGGGGCCUCCUAAGAGUAAGGAUCUUGAAGGGGUGUUGGGUUUGGAAUCUGGUGUUGUGAUUGUAGAUGAUUCAGUUAGAGUGUGGCCACAUCACAAAAUGAAUUUGAUAGUUGUAGAAAGGUAUAUUUAUUUUCCUUGCAGUAGGCGCCAUUUUGGGCUUCCAGGUCCUUCUCUUCUUGAAAUUGAUGUAGAUGAGAGACCUGAAGAUGGGACUUUGGCAUCUUCUUUGAUGGUUAUUGAGAGAAUCCACCAAAACUUUUUUGCCCAUCAGUCUUUAGAUGAUGCAGAUGUUAGGAGUAUUCUAGUAAUGGAGCAGAAAAAGAUUUUGGCCGGUUGUCAUAUAGUAUUUAGCAGGGUGAUUCCAAUUGGUGAUGCCAAUCCUCAUCUACAUCCACUGUGGCAGACAGCUGAACAGUUUGGUGCUGUGUGCACUAAUCAGAUCGAUGAACAGGUUACUCAUGUGGUUGCCAAUUCCCUUGGAACUGAUAAGGUGAAUUGGGCCCUAUCCACUGGAAGAUAUGUUGUCUAUCCUAGCUGGGUGGAAGCAUCGGCGUUGCUUUAUCGGAGGGCAAAUGAGCAUGAUUUUGCCGUUAAAACAUAAACAAGCCAUUACCCUAACCUCUUCUGGUAAAAUUAUAAUACAUGAUAAAGAUUGAAUCAAGUAGACACCUAAAGUUGGAAAAGGCAACUGCCAGGUCAUACUUGGUAGCACUGGCUGAGACUAGAGAGAUCCUUUCAGGACCUGUUUCUGAGUCCAGUAAACCACCCAUUAUAGCUAGCUAUCGGCUUUUCUCUUCAUUAGCCAAUUUGCUGAAGAGGAUUUUGAAAUUAACUGGUAUAAGAAGAUUACCAGAAGUUUAACGAUGGAUAUUUUGUGAGAGAAAACGAAUUGGGAUGAGUCGGGAGCUCUUGAUCCCAUGUGGAAUUGUGGUGGCUGAACCAAGUUUUGACGUGGUUAUGAAAAUUUCCGAGAAUUUGACUAACGUGGGUGAGGAUGAUCCAUAAAUGACAUUUAGGACGGAAAAGAAAAAUUAAAAUACAAUCACAAUGUGUCAUCGGGGUAGUGUAAUGAAGGGGAGUGUGAUGAUUUUUGUCUGGAAAAUUCACCUGAAGGAGUGUGGUUUCGUUCUGGGUUGAACAAUUUGAGGCUGCGGUUAUCGGAGUUUGGACAGAUAGACUUAACUUAGGCAUCCAGGAGAUUAGUGGUUCAAUCUAUUUAACCUCACAGCGUGCGUUUGAACCUUCUAUUUUUAUUCCUUUUAAAUAAUUCGAAGUCUGUUUAAAUUUUUGCCAGAA